AUGUCCUUCGAUCUGGGCCUCGGCCUCGAAGAUUCUCAUGUUCUCGUCACUGGAGGAAACGGCGCUAUUGGCUCCACAACCGUCGAAGCAUUUCUCGCAGCUGGAGCCCGCGUAUCUGUUUUUGACAUUAAACUACGCUCUAAUACCCCUAGCCAAGAUAAUAAUAAUAAUAAUAAUAAUGAUACCUUCCGACAAUACCAAGUGGACAUUUCAGAUCCUCAAGCGUUGGAACAAGCUUUUGCAAAGGCAACCCAAGCAUUCGGACUAAUCCAUAUUUGCGUGGCAUUAGCCGCAAGAGAUCUAUCUUAUUGCCCACACCAUGGAUCACUGAUUGACAUGCCCUUUUCUCAGUUCCAACAAACCAUCCAAACAAAUGUCCACGGAACUUUUCUGACGGUCCAGCUAUGGAUGAAACAACUACGUGAUAUGGCUACAUCAACUUCACGGAACCUUUCGCUAAUUAUUAUAGGCUCCGAAUCGGGUCAUUUUGGUGAGCUGGGGAAUCCAGAUUACGCAGCGGGGAAAUCUGCAGUUCAAGUCGGAUUGCUUCAGUCAUUGCGUAAAGAUUUAGUUUUGGUGCAUCCUCGUGCCCGCGCCAAUGCAGUGGCUCCAGGCCCAGUCAAUACAGCUCAGUUCCAACGUGAAACCAAUGAAAAUAAAGAUCAAUACUGGUUAGAUUGUGAGGCGACAACUGCACUGAAGCGGCCGGUAUCGCUAGAAGGCGUUGCACGUGCAAUUGUGUUUCUGGCGAGUGAAACUUGGAGCGGAGAUAUUAUGGGACAAGUGGUAAAUGUGGAUAGUGGUAAAAAUGGCAAACUUUUAUGGACCCGAGAAGAAUCUGCCAAAAAAUAG